AUGGCAUCUGAAUCCCCCUAUCUCGAUACAGAGUCUAUUUUGAAUGCAUCUGACUUAAUAAAUUCUACACUCAUAUCGAAAGGAUAUAUUACGGAGAAACUUAAUUUCAAUUCUAUAAACUGGAAAGAUCUAGUACAAGACCAAAUUGAGAAUAAUAUACAAGAACUAGCAAAAUUAGAUGAAUUGAAGGUAACUGAAACCAUAUAUAAUAAUGAUAAAAACAUAAUCAAUAUUAUUUAUUCUUUACUUCAGUCGAUUGAGAGAAAUAAAGCCCAGAAUAAAUCAUUUAAUAAAGUCAUCAGCAAGAAAGACUCCACAAUCAGAGAUUUACAGAAAAAGAUAGAAUCGCUAGAGCAUCAGGUAGACCAGUCUGAAUCAAGAUUGAACAGAUUUGUUCAAAUUGAUCAAUUACAAUUAUCCAAGCGGGUACAGGAUUUAUCGCAUGUAAAUAAAUUACAAACCCAAGACUUGAACAAGCUAAAAAAUUGGUGUACAGAUAUAAAAACAAAGUAUCACGUAAAACUAAAGAAGAAGAAUAUUGAAAUAGAUCACUUGAAGAAUCAGUUACUAGAUAAAAAGAACUUAUCGACUACAACUACUUUUGGUAUUCCAUUAUCUUACGAUUCAUCUCGAAAUAAUGAUACAACAAGUUUUGAUCAAGACAUUAAUUCAAAUAUAAUUUACAACCACAACCCAAUAAUAGAUAAUACUAAUCCAAACACGCAUCUAAAUUCAUCGUUACAGCCAGUAUUAAAUAAGCAAUAUGAACAAAUCGUCAUUGAUUUAACUCAAUUAAUUGAAAAUUUAAUAUCAGAGAACCAUAAAUUUUCGAGGUUUAUUAAAUUAAUAAAUAAUUAUUAUCAAAGCUUGAACAUUCAAUUGUCAAACAUAAAUCACAAGCACUUAGAUGUUCGUAGCUUACCAAAUCCUUCUGAUUUAAUUGAUCUUAAUGAGUUUACAGGUGAUUUGGACCCAGCAAAUAUAAAUUCCAAGGAUUCAUUGGAUGAAAUUGAAUCCUUCGAGUAUAUCACUAAACCGUUAUUGAACAAUGUGUAUAAAAAUUAUCAUUAUGUGUCAAACCUUGUUGAAUUGGUUGAUUCAAAUAGCGCUCAAAUAAAUGAAAACGAAAAUGGAUUUUCAUCCAAAAAGAUUGAUGAACUAAAGACAGAGUUAGAAAUAGUAACAAGGAAUUGGCAGGAUGCUAUUAAGACUUUGGAAAAUUGGAAAAACUACCAACAGACCAAUGAUGAUUAA